UAUUUAAGGAAAGUAGGAAAUGAGAAAGCAAUAAGCAAGUUUAUUUGUGUGAGUGUCGGAGUGAGAUAUGGAAUGUAAGAAACCAGUGAAGUUAGGAAGGUCACUUCUGGUACCUUCAGUUCAGGAAUUGGUAGCAAAGGAGUCCUUAAACAAAGUUCCUGAAAGAUAUGUUCGUCAUGGUCAUCAUGAAGCUUAUGAUUCUUCAUUAUUCCAAUCCAUCACAGAUUCUUCUUCUCUUCAGUUUCCCAUAAUUGACCUCUCUAAGUUAUCUUCUCCAAAUUUGAAGUCCUCUGAGCUUCAAAAACUCCACCUUGCAUGCCAAGAUUGGGGCUUCUUUCAGGUGAUAAAUCAUGGAGUGGAAGAGUCAAUAGUUGAAGGAGUGAAGAAGGGAAUCCAAGAAUUCUUCAAUCUUCCAAUGGAAGAGAAGAAGAAAUUUUGGCAGACAGAAGAAGACGUUGAAGGUUUUGGUCAAGCAUUUGUGGUUAGUGAGGAGCAGAAGCUUGAUUGGGCAGAUAUGUUCUACAUCAUCACUGAUCCUCCUUCUAUGAGAAAGCCCCACCUCUUCCCCAAUCUUCAUCUUCCAUUCAAGGAUGACUUAGAGGCUUAUAGUGUAGAAAUGAGAAAGCUAGCAUUGAAGAUGCUUGAUGCAAUGGUGGAAGCACUAGGAAUGGAGGAAAAUGAAAUGAGAGAUCUAUUUGAAGAAGGUUGGCAAUCAAUGAGGAUGAACUAUUAUCCACCAUGUCCUCAACCAGAGCUUGUGAAUGGUCUGAGUCCUCAUUCAGAUUCAAUUGGUCUCACCAUUCUCCUUCAAGUCAAUCAAGUCAACCAAGGCCUUCAAAUAAAAAAGGAUGGCAAUUGGUUUCCAGUCUCUUUUCUCCCAAAUGCUUUUGUGGUCAACAUUGGUGAUAUGUUGGAGGUUGUGACUAAUGGAAAAUACAAGAGCAUAGAACAUAGAGCAACAGUGAACUCAGUGAAAGAAAGGAUCUCGAUAGCCACAUUCUGUUGUCCUAAGUUAGAUAGAGAUUUGAGGCCAGCACCAAGCCUUAUAGAUCCGGAAAGACCAGCUUUAUUCAAAACAGUUCGUGUUGCUGAAUUCUUGAGAGGUUUUCUCUCUCGAAAGCUCAUUGGAAAAUCUUAUCUUGAUACCAUAAGGAUCCAAAAUGAUUAAUUGAAAAUAGCUAGACGAUAGGGAGAAUGAUAAUAAAGUUUCAAAAUAAAUAAUUUAUGACAUUUAGGUCGACAAAUUUUUCUCAAAAAUAAGUUGCAAAUAUUAAUUUAAAUAGUUGCAAAUUUGAAUCUUAAUUGUAAAAUAAGAUUUAUAUUUAGAAUUUAAAUCUUAUUUACAAUUUAAACUCCUGAAUUUGUAACUAUCUGAAUUAAUAUUUACAACUAAUUUUAUAGAAAAUUUUGUGUUUUGACCUACUUGUCAUAUAUUUAUUGUUUUGGAAUUGUUCUUGCUAGAGGAUAUGAUGCAUGCAGAUAUUACUAUAUACGUUGCUCAAUAAACAUAAUAAGAAUUGGCAUGCUUAUGGUCAUAGAAUGAGCACAUAAUAUUCUUGUGCAUUUAGUAUGCAUGUAUCUUGUUCAAUUACGACCUUGGACAUUAAGUGGUAUAUACUUAUUAUUUUAAUGUGCAAAAUGUUAUAUGUA